ACUACAUUUUAAACAUUAACUCGUUUACAAGCAUGAGAUGCAAAACACGCACAUGCACACUCAGUGCCACCAGGUUUGAAUCAGCCCAUCAUCAUAAUAACACUAUAAUAAUACAAGUUUCAAUCUGAAGCUUUUGCUUUUAGCAGCAAUAAAUCAAAACCGAUCGCAAUCUAACCAUCCACGGAGAAAACAGUCCCGAUCUGCCCUUAAACUUUUUAAACUAAAUACCUAUUUAGUAUUUUUCCUCUCCCACAAAGCCCCGCGGCGGUAAAACGCAGCUGUCUCCGUCUCUUAAGCUCUCGUACCUUGCAGGGAAGUGUGGCUAGAGUUGUGUAAAAACGAGAACUGUCCGCUCGGACCUAACCCAGACUCGCUCUUUGAACUGUUCGUGUUGGGUCUGUGUGUAAACGCGCGGAGGGCAGCGGCUCGUUCAUGAAGUCAUGAAAUAUAAAUUAGUUCUGAGAAUUUAGGGGGCUGGGUCUAAGGAGCCGGUGACGUCCUCUGGCUGCGGAUUCAACCAAAAGCGCGGGGGGGGUUUUAUCAGCAGACUGUUUUUUGUUGUCAUUUUUGACGUUAUAGUUGUGUUUUAAAUACAUUUAUGCGAUAAUUCUUUUCUUUUUAUGUUAUUUUAAUAUCGCUAGAUUAUGUUUGGUGAGUUAAACACCUUUAAAAUAGUUUUGUUUUUGCUUGGUGAGAUUUGAGCGUCUCUCCCCCACGCUGGGAGAGUGGUACGGUCUCAGGCUCAAAUUCCGAGAAUUGUGCUCGUCUGAUUCUUAGAACUGGGGUUCUUAGAAGUGGUGAUGCAAGAAGUUUCUAGGAAAGCGCUACCAGAACUUGACAAAAUGGCUUGCGCAGCUGACAGCUGCAUACAGUUCACGCGCCAUGCAAGUGAUGUUCUGCUCAACUUGAAUCGUCUGCGCAGCCGAGACAUUCUCACAGAUGUCACCAUCCUGGUGAACAGACAGCAGUUUCGCGCGCACAAGACCGUUCUCAUGGCUUGCAGUGGGCUGUUUUACACUAUCUUCACCGACUCCCACAAGUGCAACCUUAAUGCUAUCAGUCUGGACCCGAAGGUGGACCCGGAGGGCUUUGCCAUCCUGCUGGAGUUCAUGUACACGUCCCGGCUCACGUUAAAGGAGAGCCUGAUCAUGGCUAUCAUGAAUACAGCCAUCUACUUACAGAUGGACCAUGUUGUGGACACCUGCCACAGAUUUAUCAAAUCUAGCGAUCCAGCCGCCAAGCUGCCGAGAGAUGAGUUCCUGAUCAGUCCCUUGGUUUUACCUCAGGAUGUCCAUGCCUACCGGCCCCACGACGUCGUUGACAGCUUGCACGGCCGCAUGGCCCCCUUCAGGGACGGACGCGCCUACGGCGCAAACAUGUUCGGCGGGGUCAGCACCCCCACUAACUACCAUCUCUACGGGCAGUUUCCCAUGCCAGGAUUCCCCUUCCCCCUCUGCAAGCUGACUGAUACCAAAAACACUUUUGCUGACCUCUCGAAGGCUGGGAUCCACCACAAGAACUGUUCUCCCCACGACAGCACCAGCAGCAUCAGGGCAGAUUACUCCAGGGCUUUCGGCACCAGCUCCUCCAGCAUCAUUCACUCCACCACCUACGCUUCCCGGGAGAUGGGGAGAGACGAUGACAUCAGGAAGGAGAGCCACGAGGGUGUGGCCCACUCCGUCGGGCUCAGCUCGAGGAAGCGCGCUUUCCCAGUGCUGAACCUCGAGCACCAGAAAGACAAAGAGCACGCUCCUCGGGCCGAUGAAGACCUCAUCCAUCAGCACUACCCCCUGGGCAUCUCCUCCGCUGGGCGCAAGAGUCUCGUAAGCAGCCCGCAGAGCCCCCUCAAAUCAGACUGCCAGCCCAACUCCCCGACCGAGUCCAGCAGCAGCAAGAACGCUGGUCUCUCCCACGUCGGCGGGGUGCAACCUCCACAGGGCACGCCUGACCCCAAAGCUCGCAACUGGAAGAAGUACAAGUUCAUCGUGCUGAACCAGAGUGCCAGGGAGGGCGAGGUGGGGCUGAGAGAUCCGGGGCUUCACUCGCCGCAGCGUCUGGGCCUGCAACCCUACCACCACCCCAGCGACUCCGAGAACCUCGACCCUCAAAGCAGGAGCAAAAGCAGCAGCCACAGCGAGGACCUGCCAAUGCCGCAGACCAGUCGCCUCAACAACAUCAUCAACGGUUCACUCGAGGGUUCGGUGAGGGGAGCGGAUCCUUCACACUACCUGAACCGCCUCAGCUGCUCCACCUGCGGCUCCCAGUCGCCUCAGCACUCGGAGGUCUGUCCCCACGCCUCCAGGACCCGCCUGUCAGAAGACAUGUCGGAGCUCCACUCCGAAUACUCGGACUCCAGCUGUGAAAACGGUACGUUCUUCUGUAACGAAUGUGACUCCAAGUUUGCCGAGGACGAGGCGCUGAAGCAACACAUGCUCCAAGUACACAGCGACAAGCCAUACAAGUGCGACCGCUGUCAGGCCGCGUUCAGAUACAAAGGCAACCUGGCCAGCCACAAGACCGUCCACACAGGUAAAACCAAAGGAGAGAAGCCGUACCGCUGUAAUAUCUGUGGUGCUCAGUUUAACCGACCAGCAAACCUCAAGACUCACACCCGAAUUCACUCAGGAGAGAAGCCAUACAAAUGUGAGACGUGUGGAGCUCGUUUUGUGCAGGUUGCUCACCUUCGUGCCCAUGUGUUGAUCCACACGGGCGAGAAGCCAUACCCCUGUGAGAUCUGUGGAACUCGGUUCCGUCACCUGCAGACGCUGAAGAGCCACCUGCGCAUACACACCGGGGAGAAGCCCUACCAUUGUGAAAAAUGCAACUUGCACUUCCGCCACAAGAGCCAGCUCCGCCUGCACCUGCGGCAGAAGCACGGCGCCAUCACCAACACCAAGAUCCAGUAUCGCAUGUCCACGGCCGACGUGCCCACCGACCUGAGCAAGGCGUGCUGAGCCAGUGGGCGACGGUCAUCACGAAAGCAAUCCGGACUUAUAUGGAUUCCAACCUGUACAAUCAUCCAAAAUUGUAGCACCACACUGUGUUCAUCAGACAAUAAAUUUGGCUGCGUAUGCCACUCUAAACGGGUUUCCACUACAUGUGAACGUAGAGCCACUCGUGGCAUCUUAGUCACUUUAUUGUUUCUAUAUAGAUAUAAUAUAGAGAUCUAUGUUGGGGCGUUUUUAAGCUUUGAAGGGAUGCAGAUAAAGCUUUAUUUUGUCGAGAAGGAUGGAAUGUAAACAGCGUGUUUUUUGAAAAAUACAGUAUUUUAUAUCAGAGAACUUACUUUUCUGAAAGUAUUGAACAUUUUGAUUGACGGGUGGUACAUAUAUUUUAAAGAUAACAGGCUCUGCGGCUGUGUGACGUUGUGGAUACGAGUUUUUAUGCAGAUGUACAGACGCUUCCUGGAAGCGAGGGGAGAGAAGCUUGUGUCUGAUUUUAAGCGAAGACUGUUGCUGUCUGACGAGGGUCUCCCUCUUGUUGUCAUGAAGCGGGCAACUGGGUAAAUAUUGUGACAUAUCGUGUUGUUCCGUGUGGGAUUGCUCUCUGCUGGCAGAGCCAAUCCAAGUGUUGAAUUUGCAUUUCAAGGUACUGCUUUGUAAUGACCAAGAAAACCUUUUUUUUUCUUUUGUUUUUGCUUUGGACGUAUUUGUAUAAACGUGACUUUUGGUUUACUCGUUUUUCUUAAGUGGACGUUUACAGUUUUUGCUCUUCGUUGUAGAUCCUACAGUAAUGUUGUGUCGAUGUUUAGAGUUUUUUCUGUUUGUAGAUACACUGUGUAUUCGAUGUGCCUUUCUCUAUGGUGACUGAAUUCCUCCCCAUUCAGCCCAGCUCUGUUAAGGUACGACUCAAGGACGCCACUCGUCCUCCAACUCUCUGUGCGGAAGAGUGCGUGUGUGUACAUAUUCUAAAUGCUUGUCAAUAACCUUAAAAACAUGCAACUCCCAUCAUUGUACAUUUUCAGGACUUGACUUUUGGAUUUUUUUUUUUGUAAGCUGCAUUAAAAUUAUUGUACGUUAUAGAUGUAUGAAUGUAAAAUAAAGGUACUGGAUUUCUAUGUAUUAAACAGCAGACUGGAAGCGUGUUUGUCAUUGACGGCGAGGACACUUUUUAUGAGAAAAACGGUUUAAAGGUAAAAAUAAUAGAUUUUUAUCUAAACAGACGGGGUUAACUUUUAGCUUUAAUCCAAAAGCAACAAAGUGCUCAGACACGAACAGGUCUGAGGGGAAAAAACCCCAUAAAUGUUUAAAAAACAACCUUAAUAGUCAGUUACUGAUUAAUCGUAGGGAGUAGGUCAAACAUUUCAUGGGUGCAGGUUCUCUUAUUAAAUCGGUUGUUUCAUUAUCUUGAGGUAGACUUAGGGACAAAUGUUUGACACGACCUGAUAAGUAUUUUUCUCCAUUUCACAUAAAUCCAUAAAUAAAUAAA